AAAAGCAAUAUUUUCUUCUUUCUCGUGAAAAACUUCGUACCUACGUUUUUCAGAGACCAAAUUCCGAGGGCGCUUUAGAGCGAAAGACUUGGCAACAAUUGGUGUAAAUCGAUCGACGAUAAAUUGAUUUCACAUCUGUUUCUUUUUGCAUGCAUCUCACUCUCUUCUGAACAAAUCAAUCGGUUUCUCACUCUAAUCAUGUUAACGAUUGGCUCGAUCUUGCCGGGUAAUUAGUUUUCCUGUUGAAGAUGUUUCAACCUCCAUUCGAAAUGGAAAAUGGUCACAACAUGAUUAACAUGUCAACAAUGAAUGAUAUGCAAAUGAUCCCUUUUGACGAAAAUGACCCUGAAGUGAUAGCUCGCCGUAUUAAGAACAGAGAAAGGCAACGCAGAUAUAGGGCUAGAAAGCGUCAAGAAGCCGAUAUGAAGAGAGCAUCAUAUAUCAUUAGUCAACCAAGUCAACCAAGUCAACAACAACUUCCCGAAACCCUAGUCAACAAUACCCCCAUGGAAAUUGUAACCCGUGUCUACAGUCAAAGAAACUGGAAAAAAGACGCACGAAGGGCACAUCUGCUACAACAACAACAACAACAACAACAACAACAACAGAAUGCUUCCAGUUCUACAUCUACAAAAGAAAGUAUAGAUUUAAGAAAUUUGGGAAAUCAAUCGAAUUUUGUGGACACUAGAGAACUUUCGAGUACCCCAAGUGGAAGAAAUUGGAAAGCAGAAGCAAGAAACAAAAGAAAGUGAGAAUCUUGCUUGUUGUUCAGGUCGAAUUAGGAAGAAAAUCACCAAAAGGUUUUGAGAAAUGAGAUAUAAAAGGUGGGGAAGAAUGCUUUGAGAAAUUGUUUCUUUGGGUUUUUUUUGUGAAGAGUCGCCUAGAAAGAGUUGUGGUCCAUGGAAGUUAGAAGAGAUUGAAAAGAGUAUCAAAAUAGUCAUAAGAUUUUUUUUUUUUUUUUUUUAAUCAAGAUGCAAGAUUGAUAUUAACCGUUUAUCUAAUCAUGAAAAAUCUUAUGCUGUUGCUUAGGAAAUAUUUUCUUGAUUAUGGAUAUAUGAGGCAUCAUGUUCUAUUUAUCAAUCAUGGUUCAUCUUGACUUUUGGUU